AGUAUAUGAAAAGGGCGUUAUUUUAGUAGAGCACUUUUUUCACCCAAACACUGCUGUCAUCAACAAUAUCAUCACUCAUCACCAUCAAAAGACCCCAUUUUGAAAGCUCCCAAAAAUCCAAAAUUUCAUAUGCUCCUUUGAAAAAAAAGUGUUAGAGAGAGAGAGAGAGAGCGAGAGCAUGGCAAUGAGAAUGGCAGUGUGUUUGAUAGUAGUAUUAGGUUGGUUUGAAGUAACAAAAGGAGCUGUUUAUAAGGUGGGAGAUUCAGCAGGCUGGACUACCAUUGGCAAUGUUGAUUACAAGCUUUGGUCUUCCACUAAAACAUUUCAACUUGGAGAUGUUAUUGUAUUUGAGUACAACCCUCAAUUCCACAACGUGAUGCAAGUGAUCCACUCGGAGUACAAGGCGUGCAACGCAUCGUCCCCCAUCUCCACCCACACCACGGGCAACGACUCCAUCACCAUCGACACUCACGGCCACCACUUCUUCGUCUGCGGUGUCCCCGGCCACUGCCAAUCCGGCCAGAAAGUCGACAUCAACGUGCUCCGUUCCCCUUCUCCUACGCCUUCCCUCUCCGCGCCUCUCCCCCCACCCUUCACCCCUUCACCCUCACCCAGCGCCGCACCUCCUUCUCUCCAACUCCGAUGCCUUCUUCCCAAUCUUCUUUUGCUCUACUUGUUCAUUACCCUUUUUGCAUAAUGCCAAAAUUGCACUUGUACUAUAUGUAUUAGGAGUGCCAGUUUUUACUUCUUUCUCAAACUAGUGAUGCUCAUGCACAUGUUGUUAUCAAUUGCAUUUAAUUGUAACUGCAUUUUGUGGUUCA